AUGAGCAUCCGCGUAAAUCACAUUGUUGUUUGGCUAGAGACCAAUGUUAACGAAACACUGUCUGAUAGAGUUCUCAAGCAACUACUGGUCAUACCCAUGGCUACCACGGCAGGACUAGGUGGGAGUAUCGUUGACUCUUUAUUGGGUGCAACGUUACAAUUUAGUGGAUUCUGCUCUAUUCGCCAGAAGGUUGUUGGGAAGCCAGGACCAACUGUUAAAAAGAUUUCAGGUCUCAGCAUUCUCGACAACAAUGCAGUGAACUUUGUGUCAAUACUGUUAACCACGGUUUUAACUUCAAUAGCUUGUUUGUACAUAUUCUAG